CAUUUCCCCUAUAAACACAGACACCGCCCCCUCUCCAUCUCUAGGGUUUAGAACGGCCACAGAGAGUAAAGAGAGGGGAGGAGAAACCCUAAGCCGCAGCGACAAUGGUGAAGUUUCUCAGACCCAACAAGGCCGUCAUAGUCCUCCAAGGCCGAUAUGCUGGUCGCAAGGCAGUGAUCGUCAAGCACUUUGAUGAUGGAACCAGAGACCGCCCCUAUGGUCAUUGCUUGGUCGCAGGGAUCAAGAAGUACCCAAGCAAGGUUAUAAAGAAAGACUCGGCCAAGAAAACAGCAAAGAAAUCGAGGGUCAAGUGUUUCGUUAAGGUUGUUAACUAUCAGCACCUGAUGCCUACUAGGUAUACUUUGGAUGUGGAUUUGAAGGACCUUGUUACUCCUGAUUGCUUGGCAACUAAGGAUAAGAAAGUCGUGGCUUGUAAGGAAACAAAGACAAGGUUCGAGGAGAGGUUCAAGACUGGGAAGAACCGUUGGUUUUUCACCAAGCUGAGGUUUUGAAGGAAGGAAAAUGGUGCCGACUCUAAGGUUUUGUUUGGGUUUUAAUGUGUUAUUUUUAGACAUUUUUAAGUUAUUUUUAGACAUUUUUAAGGAGCAUUGUUAAGGUUUUGUAGUUUUUUUAUGGUGCUAGUUUGAAUCUGCUUGGAUUUAGUUAUUUUUGGAAUUAUUAAUAUAAAUUGCACUCUUAAUGUCUGAUGUUU